AUGAAGCACUCUAUACCUAUCCUUACAGCCCUUGCGGUCUUCUCCAAGUGUGCUUGGGCUAUCCCCCCUCAAUCUCGGUGGUAUAGCACACUGAAGUCUCCGAACGAGCGCUUCGUCCUGAAUGCAGAACAGGCCACAGUAGCGGUUCAAUCAGCAGUGGCUGUCGCAGAAAGCAAUAAUGCUCCGUCCUCCAUUGUUGUUAUGGAUCCCUACGGGUACAUAAUUAACCUCCUCCGCAUGGAUCAUGCAUGGGUCGAGAGCAUCGAUACCUGUAUCAGAAAAACCCGAACCGUCACUCUCUUUAAUGGUGCUUUUACCUCAGGCGACCUGCAGCCACUAGUCCAGCCAGGAAAAGAGGAUUAUGGCCUCGAGCAUACCAACGAUGGUAUGCUGCCGAUACCGGGUGCCGUUCCAUUAUAUAUUAAUGGUACAUUCUUCGCCGCCAUUGGUGUCUGUGGUGGAUCAGGACAGCAGGAUCUCGACGCUGCUAUUGCAGGAGUUCAUGCUGUUAAUGGAACUAUAGAGCUUUAA